AAUCGGAGAAUCGGGCGAGCAGGCAAUCGGGAGACGAAGACCAAAGUCUGUUUCAGUCUGUGCUCAUUUUAUUUUUUACAUUUCAGUUCAUUCGUGAAAUGUGCGUCGCUCGGAACGGUUGGCUACUUUCUACUUUAUUAUUUUGUGUUGUGUUGUGUAGUGUUUUUCUCGACACAGCGAUAACUAAAUUUAGCGAAAAUCACAACAACAACAAAACAAAAAGAGAACAUGAACAAAUUGUACAGAAACUGUCGUCAACUGCACGCAAAAGAAUUUGUCGCGUAGCAGACACAAAAUAAAAUCAGAUCAAAUAAAAUAAAAUAUGUUGAGCCACGCGAAUGUCAAAAGCAAAGAUAAAUAUAUCAAAGAAAUAGGAAUAGAAAAUAAUAAAAAAGGGCCAAUAAUCGUGCACAACUAUAACUAAAAUACAAACAGUUCCUAUGCAUUUGGCAUUGGGUGUAUUAAAUGAAAUUGAACAAGAGCAACGCAAAUUGCCGUGUACGGCGAUAUUUGCUCAUUUUUACGGCCUUAUCGCUGCUAUUGCUGCCUCUCUCACUCAUCUACUUGGUGUGGAAUGAGCAGCUGCAGAAGAUUAAGGGAUACGAGGCUUUUAAUGCGCAACAGCAGCAACAACAACAGCAAACACAGCAAACACAGCAGCAACAACAACAACUACAACAACCGCUGGCAGGGGGUCAAACAUUUCGUUAUCCUGUGCUGCUGCUGAACAAAAACAAAAACAAGGAGCUGACUGUGGUCGCAACGGGCAAGACUAAGAAUAAGUGGCGCUAUGUCGAUAAAAUUAACAGUGAAACAGGACUUCCGCUUAUACCCGACUAUGCGGUGCAGACGCUUUCACAGGAGGAAAUGCAGGAAAUGUCUGUGCGUAUGGAAGCUCGACUUGAAAGACUGAAGGACAAAUGCUCGGAGUACGGAUUGGAUGUGUUGGGACAUGAUUCGUGGCAUACGCCCAACACAUGGGAGUUUUUGGUCAAUAAGAAGUAUCAUAUUAUUUGGUGCAAUGUCUUUAAGGCGGCAUCGUCAUCCUGGAUGUUCAAUUUCAAUGUACUGGCAGGUUAUACGCCAAGCUAUUUGCAUAAAACCAAAAAGAUUCUGCUUAAUCUGGCCAGAGAACGUUAUCCCCGUGUAACACUUCAAGAGCUGCGCGAGGCACAAAACGAUUCAAUUACGUUUAUCAUAGCGAGAAAUCCCUUCGAGAGACUGUUGAGUGCCUAUCGAGAUAAAAUCGUAUUCGCUCUUCCCUAUUCCUUUCAUGAUAAACUGGGUCGCAGCAUUGUCCGCACCUAUCGAAAAAAGCCAAAGCUGAUCGCUCGUGCUGGCAACACGAAGUAUCCCUCGUUUCCCGAGUUUGUGCACUGGCUGUUGGAUCAGGUGAAACGUGGCAAUUAUAUAGACAUGCAUUUUGUGUCGGCGACAUCAUUUUGUACCCCCUGUCUGAUUCGAUUCGAUAUGAUACUGAAGUUCGAAUCGUUGGCAGAGGAUCAACUAUAUCUUAUUGAAAAGACUGGCCUCAAACGUGUCAUAGCGCCAGUGUGGCGCAACAUGGGCAAAGGAGGCAGAAAGACAGAGGAAUUGCAGCAGCAGUUCUAUUCCCAGCUCACCAGGCAGGAGAUGAUGGCCCUCUACGAGUACUAUCAAUUCGACUUUGAUCUGUUCGGUUAUGAUGUUAAGGAAUACUUAAACUAUGCCCGAGCAGAUUCAUUGGAAGAUGCCGCCGCAUCGGUGGCAUAGGAUAAUCUAAACUAAGCUAAACACUAAAAUUCAUAAAAUUUAGGCAAGAAAUCUUAGACACAUAUGAACUAAUAAGCCGUCACAGUACGUAAUUGCAAUUGUUGAUAAUAAUGAAUGAAACAAUAAUAAAGUUAAUGAAAACAAAUUAA